GUUCUUCCAAAGUCGUUGCCAGUCCCUCCUGCAAGAUGGAUCGGAGAAGGAGCGGCAAUACCAAUGGAGGUCAUGGGGCAGGAGCAGCGUCCAUUAACAACAGCGAGUGCUGGGACUCUGUGUCAUACCUAGAAAGUGCCUUUCACCAUGGAUUCAUGCGGCUGCGACUCAAAACAGGAGACUUCGUCUACAACGAAGACCCACGACUCACGCGCGAGUUGGACGAAUUCUGUGAUGUAGACUCGAUGCACACACCCAAAGGUCCAGUGAUUCUACUAGGUGAGAGCGGGAUGGGGAAGAGUGCGUUCUUGGCAAAUUGGCUAGUUCGCCGGAAGAAAAUGUUUCAGAAUUGGCAAUCCUCGUAUCCCGAGUUCAUAUUUUCUCAUGUGGUGGGGUGUUCACGGCAAUCUUGUUCCGUAUCGAACCUACUAGAGCGUAUUUUACGCGAAAUUAAGGAAUAUUUCGAGCUCAACAAAGAGAUCCCGGACGUGGAAGAGCGACUGAGUUGGCAAUUCCCUCGCUUCUUAGAGGCAGCAUCGAAAAAAGGUCGUGUCAUUCUCGUAGUUGAUGGCCUUCAUCGCCUCCAUACAAACAACGGGGAAAGUAUUUUAAAAUGGGUGCCUCUCGCAUUUCCUCCAAAUGUUCGCAUCAUCUUCUCGGGGACACUCAAUUACCCAACUGCUAAGUUGUCCCAGGUUCUUAACAUCAGUGGAGCGACCCACACCGGUACUCGUGGUGAUGACGAGUGCGGUGUAGGAGGUGAUUACUACGAGAAAACGAGUCUCAGUGCUCAGAUGAUUGAGCGAAUAAAAAUGGAGGCCGGUCGUCGCAACUGGAAGCUCAUUCACGUGCUUCCUCUUGUUGAGGAGGAACGAAGACGUAUAGUAAGGAGGUUUAUCUCCAAGAACCGAGACAUUAGCUAUCAAGACGACAGUGGCUCACUACGAAAAGCAGGACUGCAGCUCUUUGAGAUUCAGCAAAAUGCCAUUGUCGGUGUACCCAUGAGCGCUAGUCCGCAUUUCCUAAAAAACUUCCUCUCUUGUCUGCUGUGGGCUGUGAAGGAGGGGUUCAAUAUCCACGCUGUCUUCGAAAGCUGGUUAGGUGCAGAUAGUGUAGCGCAGUUACUGGAAUCUGUGCUUCGUAGUAUGGAGACUGGUUAUACUCCGGAUCAAGCCUCAACCGAUGAUGCUAUGCAGUUCUUGUUAGAGUUCGAUGGAGAAGAUACUGUUGCUGCCGCUACUGCGAGUGCUGUAUCCAGUCGCAGGUCGUCAGUUAUAGGUGGAGACUCCGGUAGGAAAAAAUCGAUAAAUCAGACCGAUAAUCGCUCAAAGAUUGAAGCUGCGCGUGCUGCUGCAGAGGCGGCAGUUCGCGAGGCUAGCGACUCGAUGCGUGAUUCUCAAACUGAUGACACAAAGAACGUCAAAAAUGUUCAUGAACCCAAGCAAGUGUUUGUCAAUAUGGUACGCGCCGAUGGAACUCGACCGGCAUCUUCAGAAGGAGGAACAGCGUCAAUAGAUUCGUAUUCACCAGGAAAGGGUACAAAUGCUCUGCUCGAGGCUGCGCAGCACAGAUUAAAGCGGUUUUCAACGGAACCUCGAGCUGGGAUUAAUAAUCUGGGCGGCCGACCGGAUUAUUUAACAGGUGGACGCACUGUUGCUCCGCUUGGGGAUUUAUUGGGCCGAGCUCUGUGCCUCUUGUAUGUAUGCCGUCAUGGAUUAUUACUAAACGAGCUGCGAUUCAUCCUUAAUGCUGUCGUAACCGAGGUGCGUGGUAUUCAUCGCCCUCGAAACGAUAACGAAGCCACUGAAUUUGGCCACAGAGCAAGCCUAGCACAAGAACGGUUAACGGCAUUUUCAGAGGAUGAAUGGCAAGCUCUCUUACGAGCACUACGCACACUCGGUGUGCUUUUCGUCCAGGAGGUUGUGGUGCUACCUAUGUGCAACGAUAUCUUACGUGAUGUCAUUUGGUGGCGAUACAUUGGCAGUGAACGCGCUGAGCAACAGUAUCAUCAGUGGCUCAUUCGUUUCUUUCGUAUUCAUCCAACCACUUUCCGUCGAGUUGAGGAGCUUCCAUGGCAUCUAAAACGUUGCUAUCAAUGGGAUGCGCUGCGUCAAGUAUUGGUGAACUUGCCCAUGUUUCAGCUACUGUAUACUGCCAGCUACAAGGCCGAGCUUUUCGGGUACUGGAAAGUGCUCACCGAUGGUCCAUUACUCAAUUACGGAGCAGCUACCAGCGCAUCCGAUCCACCAGUAUACGUGAUGCCCUUCGACGUGGUCAAAGAGUACGGAAAGAGCAUCGAUGAUUGGUAUCGUAGUGCUCGUCCUACCACCAAAAACUUCACGGCUAUCGUACAGCUGAUCACGCGUUUCAUGUAUGAAUUCUGUCUGUCAUACCAACGCCCUUUACCCCAGUUCAUGCACGCCCCCUUCGACCUUAAGCGACUUUACUUGGAUGGCUUUCUGUUUGUCGAAAACUUGCCGCAUGUUCAAACAGUGAUUAGUUCAACUGGAGGAGCUGCAUCUACGUCACCCUCAACAGGAUCUUCCUCCUUUAGUGGCAUGACAGCAAUGACAAGUACUUCAACCGCUUCCUCUGCAUUACUUGCAGCAUUGGAGAAUUUCCCACCACAAGUAAACACUUUAACUGUUGGCACUGCCAGCUCUACUACCAAGGACAAGGACGCAUUUAAGAACUGCUUCUUUUUCUAUCAGCGGUGGAUCUGGAUUCAAUUUCCGUGGCUCGCACUGGGUCGUGACAUUAUCAUUCGAGACCCAAUCGUACAAAAUCCGAUCCUAGAAAAGGCAAAUGGGUCCAAUGUCAACAAUAAUAGUCCAGGUUUGACCACAAUGACGCAAACUACUUCAUCAAACGCAUUAAUCCCAUUGGGUUCAUCUCGCGGACACUCCGGAGAUGCGAUUGAUGAAGAAGUUAAACGACACGAUAGUGGCGAAGUGGCCGCUAAGGUCACGUCACUGACGCCGUCUCAAGCAUUAGCUCGAUCCGGGCUAUUUGAUGCAAGGUUUUGGGAUGUCAAAAAGAGUAUGUUUGACCCUACAACUCGUCGACCUCGAGGUGCAAUGACAACUUCUCAGCUUGCUUCAGUGAAAAAUGCAAGUGUCUUGAUGAAGUCAACACCAACGUCACUUGCCAGUCAAACUUUGGAUGUGAUAUCUCCGGAAAAUCUUUUCCGGAAGAAAAGUGCCUACACCACAGUGAAAAGUGUACUAGCAUCUUCUGUACGUCGUCUCCCCAGUGCAACAUUGAAAUCAUCGGCAUCGUUACCAACGUUGUCCGAACAACGCCAACUGAAUCCAACCUCAAACAACCGUAGCGAACCUACUGGCCAUACCGAUCCAACCAUAAUGGAGCCACCGUCACCCGUCUCUAAUACCAAUGGAAAGCCAAGUCUGACUUCAAAAGAGCUCAAGCUGGAAAGCAUAUCUAGUACAGAGGAUUUAAUGACGAUCGCCACAUCUUUUGGUCUGCCCGCACACUUCCAGGACUACCCACAGUCUGAGUGGGACCUAAAACAGUCCUACAACCAUCGCGUGGUACUCAAACUGCAAGCAUUGUACGAUUCCGUAAAGACUGAAGUUGCGCAAAAGCAAAAGUAUCUGCAAGACGUUAAACGAAAAACCCGCGAAACUUCACGUCGCUACGAAUUAACAAUGCGCGAGUGUGACAUGGCAAAGCACGCAGCGGAAGAAAUGAGCUCUCGUCUGGCAAAACUGGAACAGGUGAUGAAAAACAUCGAUCAGCAAGAGAAGACGCAUCGCAAACUCAUUCGCGGGUGCGAACUAUUCCCCGCUUGUGCUCCUGCGCACUUUGAAGCUAACAAGAAAGAGUUGCGUCUGCUGCAGAUGAAACUCAAGGACCUUCAAGACGAGAAAAAGGUGUUGUAUACGAAAAAGACCCAUUUGCAGAAUGAAGAACUCCCAAUUCUGCGCAAAGCUGUGGAAAAGAGCAAACGGUUGCUGUCUGCUGUAGUGGACAAACUGGAGCGUGCACGCGAGAAAGUAGCGCACGAUCAGGCCUCAUCGGUUAAGUUGUAUCAACGCAGACUGGAGAUGAUCGAAAAUGUUCGCUCAGCAAGUGGCAAAGGGGCCAAUGUGAGUACGGAGGAAGAAGCCCGACGACAAGCUCGACAAACAUUCAGCGCCACUACACGGUCACUGGCUACCAAAGUCGCCCUGCAGCAGUGUGAAUCCAUGUGUGACAAGAUCCAGAAAGCCACCGGGUUCUCGAAAAUGGAGCUCAUUUUUCAGAAAUUCUCGCGUCGGGAGGAGCUUAAUGCCAGUUUUGAAGAGCAAGCCAAGCUCUAUGAAGCUCGUCUUAAGCAGAUCAAACUGAACCAGGCGGAGCUGGAGGAGCAGUUGCAUUCUCUGGAGCUUUCACAAACCACGGCGUCAACGGAAGAUCCACGGGUCCUGGAACAAAAACUACGAGCUGCUGAAGUAGAACUCGCGCGUACCGAAUACACUCAGGCGAGCCUCCUCACAAGCUCCAAAGAGGUGAUCGCUGGAGCCGCGAGAAUAGUAAAACUAAUGGGUAUCACGAACUGCUCCGACCCGCAUCAAAACGCUAUACCAGCUUCUCGUCUCUGGCCACCACCCGUAGGCUACGAAGGCGAGAGGAGCCUCGCGUCUGAGUUUGAAACGCUGGAACCUCCUGCCAUCACUGCACUCCUCCAGCUUUGUCAAGACCGAGCGACUCUGAUGAUGGACGCGAUUGAGGGCGCAAGGAGCGACCCGGACGUCAACUUUUCUCUGAUCUCGGAGUCAUCGUCACGGCGUCGUCGGACAGUGCGUGGAGGUGACGAGAAGACCACGACACGAUCAAGUCGCUACCGACGGCCACCGCAGCUCAGCAGCGUGGCGGAGAAGAGCAAAGACAAGGAGAGAGAUAAGGAUCGAAUUGGUUUCGACCGCGGUGCCGUGCCACCGGCCAUUGGCGCUACCAUGCCCACGAUGGCGACUCAGCCCACUACACCAGAGCUAGAGGAGGGUGGUCAGGAGCCAGGAGAAGAGACGGAGGUGCUCUCAAGAGAGACCAUCAAGGCCUCGAGCAGGAACAAAUUAGCGCAGCGGAAGCGUGGCAAUAGCAAUGCUGGACCUAUUGAGGACCAUAAUGGGUAACUUGACGCUAAAAAAACUGUAAAAUUGGGUUUUGCUCGGACUA